AGUUGAAGAUCUGGCAUACGUUCAGAGCAUCGAGAUAGAAGGGCAGGCUCGUUCCAAUGUCGUGGGCAAGUGUGGCUAAGAAAGAGCCGCAGUUGGCUGCAGUUCAAGAGACGGCGGAACCAUCUGUAAGUCAGCAAAGCACGACGGCUGUUAUCGAUGCAAAUGCUAUUAUAGCUGGAAUGCGCAUGGAUGGGAUCGCAGAUCAGAUAUGCACCAUCCCGGAGGUGCUGCAGGAAAUCAAGGAUAAAAAGUCUCGGGAGAAUUUGGAGGCCUUUCCACAGACCAUAAAGGUCAUCCAGCCCACAGAGGAGUCUGUCCGAGCAGUGAUGGCCUUCGCUCGGGAGAGCGGGGAGCUGCACUCCCUUUCCACGGUGGACAUCAAGCUGAUCGCGCUGGCGCACACCCUGGAGGUGGCCGCACAUGGGCACACCAACCUGCGCAGCAAACCCCCUCCUCCGCGGGUCCACUCCAAGGCCAGCGUUAGUGUGAAGAAGCUGCCUGGUUGGGGCGAGGAAGGCGCGGACUGGGAUGCCCUCGACCAGGCCACCCAGGACAGUCAGCAGAGCCAAGGCGAGAGCAAGAUCUGCUCCGAGAUCGAAGCUUUGAAUCUGGAGGACAGCAGCUAUGCGGGAGAGCGCAGCGAUGGGGAGGCUGCGGAGGGCAACACAGCAGAGCAGGGGGCGGCUGAUGAGGUGCAGCAGGAUGAUGGAGAUUGGGAAGUGGCGGCCGUCAGCGCAAAUGCAGCUCGUCGGCGCAGGCGCAAGCAGUCCAAGUAUGAGGCUCGUCUUGCCGCCAACAGCAGUGCAGAAGCAGCAAGCCAGCCGCCAGACAGCACACAGGGGGACGCGGCCGACGAUGCAUCAAUAUCAGAUGAUGGAAAUGAGGAGGGAGCAGGUGCAGACGAGGCAGCAGAUGAGGAGGCAUCACAUGGUGAAGACAGCGAGGACAAUGAGGAUGAGGAAAACGAGCAGCAGGAGGAGCCGAGCGAGGCGAGCACAUCGAGCGUGGUGUGUGUGACGGGGGACUUUGCCAUGCAGAACGUGAUCCUGCAGAUGGGCCUGCGGCUGGCCUCCCCCGAUGGCCGCCUCAUCCAGCAGACGCGCCGUUGGGCUCUGCGCUGCACCGCCUGCUCCCAGGUCUCCAAGGAGGUGGGCCGUCUGUUCUGUGGCAGCUGUGGAAAUGCGGCGCUGCAGAAGGUGGAGGUGGUUGUGGGCCCGCAGGGCACAGAGCAGUACGGCGUGCGCAAGAAGCACAUCCUGCGCGGCACCCGCUUUCCUCUGCCCAAGCCCAAGGGCGGCAAGAACCGGAAGGACCCCAUUCUGAGGGAGGACGUGCUGCUGCAGCGCGUGCCGCAGCUGAGAGCCAAGAAGAAGGCGGCCGCGGACCCAUUCGCGCCCGAAUUUGGCGUGGAGACAUGGCACCAGAGGAACGCGGCGCUGCCCGCGCACGUGAAGGCUGCCGCUGCCGCUCUGGCCGUGUGGAAGCACAAUCCCAACGAGCGCAAGCAUGUCAGGACCAACCGCCGCAAGUGA